CAGCAAUUGAGUUUCUACGGGAAAGCAGUAUGCGUCUUGUUCGUUGUGGGGUUGGUUUGGUGGAAUGUUCCGUGUAGGAAAAGAAAGCCGCUUUUAUUAAAGUUUUCAUUUCAGAAGCUAGAGAGGAAAAAAAUUAAAGCAUAAUGCAGCUGCUUGUACGAGGACAGGGGAGUAAUGUUAUUGACUGUGAAGGCAAUGAGUCUGUAGGGCAGAUCAUAGUAAGUGAAUUACUUUGCUUUUAUUUUUCAGGCUCUGAGAUGAUUGCAGAGGAUGAACUUGCUUCACAGCGAAAGGCUGAGACCAUAACUGUUUCCUUCCUUGUCAUUUCUGAUUCAUCAUUNAACCUGCGAUGCUUAAGCAUCGAUGUCAGUGUUUCUGUGAAGGGCGGGAAGGUGCACGGCUCCUUGGCUCGUGCUGGUAAAGUCAAGGGUCAGACCCCCAAGGUGGACAAACAAGAGAAGAAGAAGAAAAAGACUGGCCGUGCUAAGCGACGUAUACAGUACAAUCGCCGGUUUGUGAAUGUUGUGCAAGGUUUUGGCCGCAGGAGGGGCCCUAAUGCAAAUUCAUAAGUGAAUAAUUUUGAAAUCAAAGUUAGUUUGAGAUCAGAAUUGAAUAUCAGAGUUUUGUAACCUGCUUAUUUAAUGAGUGUUGUACAAAGUGAUGCUUGAAGGUGUGAUUGGUUUAUUGAUUGAUUCAAUCAAAUUAAAUUAGAAGAAAUAAUUUUUGUGAUUGAUGCCACUUGCAUGGAUUGGAAUGAUCUCAAGUUAAUUUUGAUAAAAUUAUGAGAAUUUGUAUAUGGUUGUUUUUAUGUAAUAAAAUGUAAAUAACAGUG